UUUAUGUGAUUCUUAUUUGUAUGGAAUUCAUAAAUUAUUGUUAGCCUUGGCAAAGAGGAGGGAUGACAUUUUUCUUGAGAAUUGAAAUAUAUACUUGGACUUUCUCUUUUCUGAUAUUUUAUACUCCCUCUGUCUUAAUUUAUUUUGCUAAUGUCAAGUAGAUAUUAAAAACAUUGGUGAUGUCUACAAUAAAUUAAAAAUAAACAUAAAGGAAAAAGAAAGCAGAGAUAAAGAAAUUGUUUCUCUUCUAAAUAUUCUAUAACUAUAUUUUUCCCCAUUAUUUCACAUUUGUUAGAGUGAUGCCCUUACUAACUAGGAUAUUUCCUUUGGAUAGAAUGCAUGGAAAUGAUACUAAGAAAAGAACCAAGUCUAACAAAGCAAGUAGAUGAUUUUGGGUGGAAUCCUCUCCAUUUCGCGGCUUACGUAGGGUUUAAACUAUCAGUGAGGACAUUAUUAAUGGCGGAUAAACAUAUGGCUUAUGGAACUAUUAAAGAAGAAAAUAAAACACCUCUGCAUUUAGCGGUCAUCAAUAAUAAAAUACAGGCCGUGGAAGAGAUUAUAGAGCAGUGUCCAGAUUCCUUGGACGCAGUCACUAGCCAAGGCCAAAAUGUUCUUCACAUUGCAUAUGCGAAGGAACAUUGGAAAAUGAUAACAUUAUUCGAAGAUCAACACUGGAACAAUAACAUCUUUGUUCAAAGAGACGCUGACGGGAAUGUGCCCGAAAAGGUUAUAGGAAAAAGCGUGUCGUUUCAGUCUCACCCUUACUGGGAAGAAUUAGAUCGCAACAAUGUCAGAUGGAAAGAAUCUUAUGAGAAGUGGUUCAAAGGACGCAUGGAAGUAUGGAAAAAUAGAGCAAACACACAUUUGAUAGUUGUUACACUUAUAUUAACGGUUUCUUUCGCGGCUGGCUUCACAAUUCCUGGUGGUUACGACGGUGAUGAUGGUCCAAAUAAAGGCAUGGCAGUCAUAUCCAAGAAAACAGCGUUCAAAGCAUUCGCAGUAACAGAUACCAUUGCCAUGAUAUCUUCCACAGCUGCUGUUUUUCUGCAUUACCUUGCAACUUACGAGGAAGAGAACAAAAGCUUGAGUCGUUAUGUAGCUGCUGGCGUCCUUGCCUUGGUUGCCAUGCUAGCAAUGAUGAUAGCGUUUAUGACUGGCUUGUAUGUUGUGCUACCUUCUACAGGCCUAGCUGUAUUUAUCUGUGUCAUUUGCUCUUUAUCGCUUGCCCUCUUUAUAUUUGUUUUAGGUAAGAGUUUUUAUGAUUCAUUUCAAAAGAAAAGGAAAAGAUAUUAAUUACUGAAACCUAACGAGUUCUUGUCAAGAAAAUCUGUCUCUUUAGUUUCAAGCUUUUUAGUUGUUUGAUUUUUU